GGUAAGAAAUGUUUACGUUAAAAGUUAUGAAACCUUCCUGAAGCUCUUGAAAUCUUAACAAACUGCAAAGGCAAGUUUAUUUAAUAUCAGAGUUUUGCUACACCAACACGAGCGUGAAAGACAAUCUGAAUACUGAUUGUACGAGAGGAUGACAUCGACUCCUUCAUCCCCUCACAACCGGAGCAGGAGUGAGGAUGAGGAUGAUCCAGUGGACGGGAUGAUCUCCAGGACAGGCUGUGCUGAGCUGCACUACGCUCUUCAGGACUGUAUGGCUGAGCAUCAGGACUGGAGGAAGUGUCAGACUGAGGUUCAGAAGUUUAAGGAGUGCAUGAACACCUACCAGAAUACUCGCAAAGAGCAGCUCCUGAAGCAAAGGACUUCCGCCACACAAUCUGCCUGACACACAGACCUCUGAUACAGUGCUGCACAAUAAAACAUCCCUC